AUGAAUGGUUUGAACGAUACUUACUAUAAAAAUGGUCACGUGGAUUCAGGUUCCGACUUAAGUGAUAUAGGUGGUGGAUUUGUGGUUGGUGACGCUGAUACCAAGAGAAGAAGAGCAACGGGAAGAAGAACGCCAAAAAGACAGACCACCAGAAACACGAGAUACACCGAGCCAUCAUCUGACGAUGACAGCGAUGAAGAGGUGGACUCUGACACAUAUGCUAACGUGGAAGUGCCUCAGGGACCACGUGUAACGCGUGCCACACCAACGCGUCGCAAUGGCAACCAAAAGAAGAAGGUGGCGCUACAGGCCGACGGGUCUUCAUCUGAUGAUGAUGAGGAGUUCACUUUGAGCUUGGACGACGAAAGGGAUACACCAUCGUCAGAUGAUGAUGAUAUUGUAUUUUUGGGAUCAAGGACCACAAAUCCCAAUGGAACUAGCGAGACAAUUACCAUAGACAGUUCCUCCGAUGAUGAACCAUUGGCCAAUAUACCUGCCAGGGAUCCGCCAACAGCUCCGCCAAAGCAAGUGAAGAGAAAAAGAGCCCCUGCAAGGACAAAAAAAGCUGCGAAACCCAAAAUAUCGCAUUAUGAACGUUCUACAAAUAACCUCUACACAAAUCAUCCGGAGCUAAGAACUGUUUUCACAGACUUAGCUAGCUAUGAGCCAAUAAAGCCUGAGCGUGCUGAGCAUCCUGCAGGCAUGACUAUCAAGUUACUUCCUUUCCAGUUGGAGGGGUUGAAUUGGCUUUUGAAGCAAGAGGAAGGUAGAUUCCAAGGGGGUAUUUUGGCCGAUGAAAUGGGUAUGGGUAAAACAAUACAAACAAUUGGGUUAUUUAUGCACGAUACCACCAAAAAGCCGAACUUGGUUGUUGGUCCCACAGUUGCUUUAAUGCAAUGGAAAAAUGAAAUCGAGAGGCACACAGAUGGCAAGUUGAAGGUAUUGCUAUUCCACGGUGGAAAUCGUGUAAAUAAGGUUAGUGAGUUGGAAGGUUAUGAUGUUAUUUUGACAUCCUACUCGGUCUUGGAGUCCUCGUUCAGGAAACAGCAGUAUGGUUUCAGAAGGAAGGGGAAUCUUGUGAAGGAGAAAUCAGCAUUGCAUGAAACAGAAUUCUAUAGGGUUGUCUUGGAUGAAGCUCAUAACAUCAAAGAUAGGACUUCAAAUACUUCCAGAGCUGCAAAUUAUCUCAAGACAAAGAAGAGAUGGUGUUUAACGGGUACGCCAUUGCAAAAUAGAAUCGGUGAAAUCUACUCCUUAAUUAGGUACAUGAAACUAGAACCCUUCCACAAGUAUUUUUGUACCAAGUGUGAAUGUGCUAGUAACGAUUGGAAAUUCUCGAAUGGAAGGACUUGUGACUUUUGCGGGCAUCCAGGAAUGAUGCACACUAAUUUUUUUAACCAUUUUAUGUUGAAGAAUAUUUUGAAAUUUGGAUUGGAAGGUGAUGGUAUGGACAGUUUCAAGAAUUUGCGAUUAUUAUUGGAUAAUAUGAUGUUGAGAAGAACCAAAAUUGAAAGAGCUGACGAUUUGGGUUUGCCUCCAAGAAUUGUUGAGAUCAGGCGUGAUAGAUUCAAUGAAGAGGAAAGAGAUCUUUACACGUCUCUUUACAGUGAUUCCAAGAGAAAGUUCAAUGACUAUGUGGCCGAGGGUGUGGUGUUGAACAACUAUGCCAACAUUUUUACUUUGAUUACUAGAAUGAGGCAAUUGGCUGAUCACCCAGAUUUAGUUUUGAAAAGAUAUGGGACUAACCAGGUUGCAGAUCAUAUUGAUGGUGUAAUAAUGUGUCAACUAUGCGACGAUGAAGCCGAAGAGCCAAUUGAGUCGAAAUGUCACCACAGAUUUUGCCGCAUGUGUAUUCAGGAGUAUAUUGAAUCAUUUGAUGGUGUUAAUAGUAAACUUACAUGUCCAGUUUGCCAUAUUGGAUUGUCUAUCGAUUUGGAGCAACCAGCUCUUGAAGUGGACGAAGAGUUGUUUACAAAGGCUUCCAUCGUUAACAGAAUCAAACAGGGUUCACACGGAGGUGAAUGGAGGUCUUCUACCAAAAUUGAAGCUCUCGUUGAGGAGUUGUAUAAGCUUAGGUCUGACAAACAUACCAUUAAAUCCAUUGUGUUUUCGCAAUUCACCUCAAUGUUGGAUUUGAUUGAGUGGAGGUUGAAAAGAGCUGGGUUUCAAACGGCAAAAUUGUCUGGAUCCAUGUCACCACAACAGCGUGAUAACACGAUCAAAUAUUUCAUGGACAACAUUGAAGUUGAAGUGUUUUUAGUUUCAUUAAAGGCAGGAGGUGUCGCUUUGAACUUGUGUGAAGCUUCACAAGUAUUUUUGAUGGAUCCUUGGUGGAAUCCUAGUGUUGAAUGGCAGUCCAUGGACCGUGUUCAUAGAAUAGGCCAAAAGAGGCCGAUUAGGAUCACAAGAUUUUGUAUUGAGGAUAGUAUUGAGCUGAAAAUUAUUGAGUUACAAGAAAAGAAGGCAAAUAUGAUCAAUGCAACAAUCAACCAUGAUGAGGCUGCUGUUAGUAAAUUAACUCCUGAUGAUCUACAGUUUUUGUUCAUGAACUAA